AUGCAUUCCAACAAGAUCAUGGUGGUUUGGUUCGCAAUAGUAUGGGCUUUGUGGAAGUCGAGGAAUGACAUCAUCUUCAACAACAAUGUUUUCAAUGUUGGAGAUGUAGUGGAAAAUGUGAAAAUUCUCUUAGUUUUGGUAUGUUAUUGGUUUAAAAUCAAAUGGUGCGGCGGAGGCGGAAGAGGAAACGGUUCAUCCUCUACAUUCUGCAGCUGGCAUGGUGUCACUUGCGGCGGAGGCGGAAGAGGAAACGGAAGAGUGGUUUCACUUAAUGUGACCGGUCUACGCGGCGGUGAACUGGCGUCUUCCAUCGGAGAGUUAUCCGAGCUUCGAGUUUUGUCGAUUCCUGAAAACAUCUUCUUUGGCGAAAUUCCGGUGAGUUUGAUGAAUCUCCGGGGACUUGAGGUUCUUGAGCUUCAAGGUUUUGUUAUACCCCCAAGCGACGGUAUUGGUGUUGUUGUUGAUGCUUCUGUGUUUCACGAGUCAUUUCUUGCUGGUGGCAUUGCAAAACUGCUUCUUGGCAACGUUCUCAAGGAAGGAACUCCAAUUUCUGUGAACCCUCUUGUGAUUUGGGCUUGGGCAGGACUCCUUAUCAAUGCCAUCAACAGUAUUCCUGCUGGAGAGCUUGAUGGAGGGAGAAUUUCUUUUGCCUUAUGGGGAAGAAAGCUUACUAUGCAAGGGAAACAACAUAUUGAAUCUUCUAGCAAAGUAAACAAUAUCAAGCAUCGUGACGAAACACCGCCUGAUGUUCGAGUACGGAAACUAAAGGAUCAGCUCAUCCAAGCUAAAGUUUAUCUUUCCCUUCAGGCAGUUAGGAACAUUCCCUAUCUCACUCGGGAACUUCGGCUACGGGUAAAGGAAGUUUCACGAACAAUUGGAGAGGCAAGCAAAGAUUCUGACUUGCCAAGGAAUGCAAAUGAGAGAAUGAAGGCAAUAGAGCAAUCAUUGAUGAAAGCAAGGCAAAUUCAAGAUGAUUGUGCCACAUCCGUGAAGAAGCUUAGGGCUAUGCUCUACUCAUCAGAGGACCAUCUUCGCGUGCACAAGAAACAGACCUUAUUCUUAACACAGUUGACAGCUAAAACAUUGCCUAAAGGUCUCCAUUGUCUUUCGUUGCGCCUUACAACUGAAUACUAUAACUUGAACUCUUCUCAGCAACAAUUCCCCAAUCAAGAGAAGUUAGAAGACCCUGGACUAUACCAUUAUGCAAUAUUCUCAGAUAACAUAUUGGCCACAGCUGUUGUUGUGAAUUCUACUGCUGCCCAUGCUAAGGAUUCCUCCAAACAUGUUUUCCACAUUGUAACUGAUAGGCUCAAUUAUGCGGCAAUGAGGAUGUGGCUUUUGGCCAAUCCACCUGGAAAGGUGGCAGUUCGAGUUACAGUCCAGUUCUUAAGCAGCUAG